CAAUCCGUCUCUCCCUUCAAAAACCUAAGAGCGAGGGUGGCACGAAGCACAGUGAUGUGCUUUCAAAACCGCAAAAAUCAAUCUUUCCCAAUAAAACCCUUGUAGAAAAAGGCCUUUUUUCACUGUAUAUUCACAGCAUCUCAGCCAUGGAAGCCCUCUCAAGCUCUGUAUUCGUCUCCAAGUUCUCUGAAACACGCCCUGUUUUCCACACUCCACCACCUUCUUCUUCGUCUUCUUCAUCUUUUUCUUGUUCUUUAGUCAAGAUAUCCAAUAAGCGAAGUGGGUCUCUCAAAAUCGUCGACACUUCUCCUUCUCUCAGGCUUCGUGCGCUCUCGGGAGACGUCUCGGGAGAUGUCGAGGGCGAAGACGCAAGUGGGUUUGGGUUGGCUUCUGAGGAGAGCGUCUCUUCUUUGUCGCAGUCAAUGAAUGGAUAUAUCAAAUGGCUACAUCAGGUUAGUUAUGAUGGCCUCUCUUAUAUUCUAAAGGGUAAUUUAAAUCACAAUCGGAGUCCUGAAAAGGGUGUGGAUGAAAUGUCGAAGAUGGAGAUGCCCCUUACAGCCUCACAUGGAAGCAUAACAGGUGGUGGAACAAGGGCUGGCCUUUUUAGAACACCAAUUUCUGGUGGAGUUCAGAGUGCAACCUCAGCGCAUGGUUUGCCCCGGCCAGCCUUAGCAGUCCGCAAUCUGAUGGAGCAGGCCAGAUUUGCUCAUCUGUGUACUGUAAUGUCCCGGAUGCACCACCGGCGAGAAGGAUAUCCAUUUGGUUCUUUGGUAGAUUUUGCACCUGACUCAACGGGGCAUCCUAUAUUUUCAUUUUCACCGUUGGCCAUCCACACACGAAAUUUGUUAGCCGACCCUAGAUGCACACUUGUUGUUCAGAUACCUGGGUGGAGUGGCUUAUCAAAUGCGAGAGUAACAAUUUUUGGCGAUGUUUUCCCGCUCCCAGAACAUCAACAGGAAUGGGCACACAAGCAGUACAUAGCAAAGCAUCUGCAGGGGCCUUCUCAACAGUGGGGAAACUUCUACUACUUUAGGAUGCAGAACAUCAGUGACAUAUAUUUCAUCGGAGGCUUUGGCACUGUUGCUUGGGUUGAUGUCAAGGAAUAUGAGGCUCUCCAACCUGAUAAAAUUGCAGUUGAUGGGGGCGAGCAGAACCUAAAGGAACUCAACGCAGUUUUCUCAAAGCCCUUGAAAGAGCUUCUUUCAAUGGAAGCAGAAAUAGACGAUGCUGCUCUCAUAUCAAUUGACAGCAAGGGAACUGACAUCCGGGUUCGUCAAGGCGCCCAGUUCAACAUACAGAGGAUACCCUUUGAAGAAGGGCAUGCAGUUGAAACACUGGAGGAAGCCAAGGCUGCACUCUGGAAAUUAAUAAACCAAGGUAGAGUCUACAACAUGCAGAAAUAAAAAUAAAACAUGGGGUGUUAUCACGCAGAAACGGGGUGCGUAAUUUUGCAGAAUAAUAGGUACUGGAAGAAGUACCAGGUCACAGUGAUUUGUAUGAUAAGUGCUGUUCUAUUCGCGAGUUAAACAAUCCCAGUAGACGAAAAUCUCAUGCUUUAAAUGGAUGAUGGUCUUAUGAAGGCAAGAAUGGAGAAAACAUAUCCACCCUAGAGUGUUUUUUUUUUUUUUUUUUUUUUUUGUGUAAUGAUAAAUCUUGUGAACUAACUCUUGCUUGGGUUAUGCUGGAGAUGGGGUUUUCUUUUUCCUAAGAAAAUGGGGUAUUUUCCGAGAAAAUCCAUAUGGGUAACUAACUGCCAAAUGCCAAGAACACUAGUAUGAGGCUAUGAGCCUGUGAUAGUGAAAUUAAUGAGAUUUGACUUUGAUUUUAUUUGGGACUAUGGAAAGUUGUAAAGGAUUGAGAUCA